GGCCAGAGAUAAAAGCCGGGCAGAGGCAGCCGUCUGGAGGUCCAUAGGACAGCGUCCGAUGCAGGGCGGGCGCCAGGCCGCUAGUCGCACAGUGGGCCCAGGAGAGCGCGCCGAGCCAGGGAGCCAGACCCCUGUCCCCAACGCCACCGCUGCCCCGACGUGUGCCCACCGCUGCCGCUCAGCACCUGCACCUACCAUGAAGAAGGAAGUGUGCUCGGUGGCCUUCGUCAAGGCCGUUUUCACUGAGUUCCUGGCCACCCUCAUCUUUGUCUUCUUCGGCCUUGGCUCUGCCCUCCCGUGGCCGUCGGCGCUGCCCACCAUCCUGCAGAUCUCUCUGGCCUUUGGCCUGGCCAUUGGCACCCUCGCCCAGGCCCUGGGGCCAGUGAGCGGUGGCCACAUCAACCCCGCCAUCACACUGGCCCUCUUAGUGGGCAACCAGAUCUCCCUGCUCCGGGCUGUCUUCUACGUGGUGGCCCAGCUGGUGGGUGCCAUUGCCGGAGCCGGCAUCCUCUAUGGGGUGGCACCAGUCAAUGCCCGGGGCAAGCUGGCUGUCAACGAGCUCAGCAACGACACAACGCCGGGCCACGCUUUGGUGGCAGAGCUGAUUCUGACCUUCCAGCUGGCACUCUGCAUCUUUUCCUCCACUGACUCCCGUCGCACUAGCCCGGUGGGCUCCCCAGCCCUGUCCAUUGGUCUGUCGGUCACACUAGGCCAUCUCGUGGGGAUCUACUUCACCGGCUGCUCCAUGAAUCCAGCCCGCUCUUUCGGCCCCGCAGUGGUCAUGAAGGAGUUCAGGUCUGAGCACUGGGUAUUCUGGGUGGGGCCCAUUGUGGGGGCUGCCCUGGCUGCCAUCCUCUACUUCUACCUGCUCUUCCCCAACUCCCUGAGCCUGAGUGAGCGUGUGGCUGUCGUCAAGGGCACAUACGAGCCCGAAGAAGACUGGGAGGAGCAGCAUGAAGAGCGAAAGAAGACCAUGGAGCUGACUGCCCGCUGACCAGCGUCAGGCAGGGGCUAGCCCCUUAGCCCCUGUACCACAGGGGAAAAAGUGGGGGGGACAUGCAGCAAAGCUUCCUCCCCCCCACAGCUAGGUCCUCUGGACUGGGGAGGAGGUACCGGCUUCCCAGGCUGCACAGUUAGAAAUGGGAGCAGGAACCGAUGAUGGGACUCUUGGGGUGGGGGCCAGGGGCUGGGGUC